AUGGCAAAAUCAAAGAAGCAAACAAAAGAAGAAAGGCUGAUGAAGAAGCGCCUUGCAGAGAGAAAAAGAUACGAAAUGAUAAAAAAUAAUCCAGACUUAUGGAAAGAAAAGCAAGAAAAAAAUAGACAAAGUUACUUACGUAGAAAGCAGAAACAGAAACAAUUACCUAUAAACGAAAUGACUCCUAGACAGCAAAGGUUACAGAGACAGACAUGGAGGAAGAACUAUCGUUCAUAUUAUUUAAAAAAGAAGCGUGAAAAAAGAACAAUAGCGCUGCUAGAAGAAAAUACCCCACCACAAAGUCCUAGCAUUUUGUCAGAUACCGAACCUGUAGUUUUAGAACACUUGGCUCGUAGCCUUCCAGCAAGCCCAUUCUUAAAUAAAAGCUCGGAGUGUAUGAUGUCAGGACCGUCAAUAACUUUGCGUAGCAUAUCUACACAGUGCAAUGAUUUUAAAACGAGUACACCAUCUAAUACUAAAUCUCUGUCUUCCUCAUCUGUUACUUCUGCCAUAAGACGUAUCCGUUACCAAAAAGAUAAAGUAAUAAACGUUCUUAAAAAAAAGUUAAUAAGCCUAACGCAACAAAAUGAACGUUAUAGAAAACAACUUAAAAAAAUGGCUUCAAAAAGCGUUCAAAAUCAAAUCAUUAAAGUAAAAUCCAUUGUACCAAAUACAAAACAAAAUUGUAAUUUCGAACCUUUGCCUAAUCUUCUAAAACAAGAAGUCCGUAUAUUUUAUGAGUCCGACGAAAAUAGCCGUCUAUGCUCAGGAAAGAAGGAGUUUAUUGUAAGGAAAAAAAUACGAAAGCAAAAGCGGUACCUUAGCGACAAUCUUUUAAAUUUGCAUAAGAAAUUUUUGAAAUCUUCAAAUUUUACCAUUAGCUAUUCAACAUUCUGCAAGCUAAGACCAUUUUGGGUUUUGCUACCUGAUUCUCGAUCACGUGACACUUGCUUAUGCAAAUUACAUACUAAUAUGGAUUUAGUCAUCAAAGGAUUGUAUCAGAGGAAGAUAAUACCCGUUAUGACCUCCCAAAAUCUUCUUUCAAUGUUAUGUUGCGACAUGUAUAGCGUGGACUGCUUGCAUCGCAAUUGUUUAGCAUGCAAAAAUAAAGUAGUUUGCUAUCAGGAGUUUGGAAUACCAAUCCUUGACUAUAUAAGUGAAAUAAGGGCAGGCAUUCGCACUUUACAUUUCAUUUCUGAUUCACCAUCCAGUCAAUAUCGUAAUAAAAAAAUAUUUCAUAUGAUUUCUAGCUUACACAUAUACCUUAACUCUGUCGAUACCAUUACGUGGAAUUACAGCGAAUCUGGACAUGGAAAGGGUGCUCCAGAUGGCGUGGGUGCCGUGAUAAAGAGAACUGCCGAUCGUGCUAUGUCUCAGGGUCAGGACAUAAAGGAUCUGGAUGAUUUUUUAACUGUUAUGAAUCAAAAUUUAAAAAAGAUUAAAUUAAAAACUAUUUCGGAAUAUGACGUAUUUGAAAAAGACUUACUGUUCCCACAAAAUAUAAAAGCCUUUCCCGGAUGCAUGAAAAUGCACCAGAUAGUUUGGAAAUUAAAUUUUCCUAUGAUGGCUGUUCGAAAACUUAGUUGUACGGAUAAGGCUUGUUUGUACGAAGUAAUCAGCUGCUAUCAUAAGAAACACAUUGGAUUUUAUCACUUAGAAGAGGUAUAUCAGAAAAGAAUAACAGUUACACCCUUGGCUGACUCGAAAAGGCAAUUAAGAGAAAUACCUAAAUCAUUUUGGUCAGUAAAUAAUGAAUCAAAUGGAAAUGAUGGCGUAACUGGGAUAGGAGAUCUUGUACAAACUGUCACUAAUAGAACUACAUGUAAAACAAACAAUAACCCUAAUACACGAAGUGCUAACCAAAAUAAUAAAAGAAAAGUAGACAAACUAAAUGAAAGAAAAGAUCUCGAUAGAAGUGGAAGGACUGAUAGAGUAGAACAGAUUAUGCUAUUGGCAAGAUCUUCAAACAUCGAUAACAUUUCAGAGAUAACAUUUUCAAGAGACGGCGAUAAAGAUUUUACUGUAGAUUUAGAAAAUAUUAAUCCAUAUUUAAUGGAUGACGAUGAGGAAUUUAAUAUCUUC